AUGACCACCCCUCCCAUGGUGGCGUUCGCUGGGCAGCAGGCUCAGGCUGCCCGUGAUGUCAACACGGCGUCGCUCUGUCGCAUCGGCCAGGAGACGGUGCAGGAUAUUGUCUUACGCACCAUGGAGAUCUUCCAGCUGUUGAGGAACAUGCAGCUGCCAAAUGGAGUGACGUACCACCCCAGCACCCACCAGGACAGGCUGGGCAAACUGCAGGAGCACCUGCGUAUGCUCUCUGUACUCUUCCGCAAGCUGCGCCUCGUCUACGACAAAUGCAAUGAAAACUGCACCGGUCUGGACCCCGUAACCCCAGAGCAACUCAUCCCGUAUGUGGAGGAGGACGGCAGCUCCAGACACAAUGAACGCUCGGCCAGCCAGGCCCGCCCGGAAACAGAAGAGAGGGGGGAGAUCCUGGAGGUUAACAAGAAGCUCAAACAGAAGAACCAACAGCUGAAGCAGAUAAUGGACCAGCUCCGAAACCUCAUCUGGGAGAUAAACUCCAUGCUGGCUGUUAGGAAUUGAAUGCCAAACACGGCGACACAGAGGGCGUGCAUACACACACACACACACACACACCACCGACUGGAAGAUAUGGCUAUUAACUGGAUAAGUGACAGGGUCCCUCUAAGGUGGCACUUAAGAAGUACAGGCUUUCACAAUAUACUACUCUUUCCCACAAGAUGAGUUGGGAGAGAAGAUGGGGAAAAAAGCAAAGAAGAAUGAAGAUAAGUCAUGCAAUGGGGAAAUGCUGAUAUACACUAACCGGCCAAUUUAUUAGGCACACCCAUUUAGUACUGGGAUCAGACUGGUCAUCUGCUGCAAUAGCCCCAUCCACGACAAGGACCAACGAGUUGUGUGUCCUGAGAUGCCGUUCUGCGCCAUUAUUUGUUUGUAGCCCACUUGUUAACUUGCAUGAGUCUUGCCAUUCUCCUUCGACCUCUCUCAUCAACGGGCUGUUUUUGGCCGGUGAGUGUAGUUAUCGCCUACAAUAUGGUUGAGGACUUUCAGAGUUGUGGUUUGAAAGACCAUAGUCAUGGCUUUCAGUAGAAUUCAAAUCAACUGUUGAUUUAUUGUAGGCACUAGGUAUAAAUGCAGGACAAUAUGUAGUCAAUCGUACAACAUUUUAUAUAUUUAAUCUCUAUCCCAAAAUAUGACAAUUACUCAGAUUACCCAUUUAAAGGGGUUUUGAUGUUCUAUUUCCCUCAAGAUGUUUUUAUACAUUCCUUAACCAUUUUAGCUAAAAGGAGGGCAACAUUUGUGAAGGAGAGCACAGACAUAUAAAAAAAAUACUAGGGCACAUUUUUGAAAAUAAGUUUCAAAUUAAAUCACUGCCAGAUUGAGGUUUGCAAUUAUUUUUACUGGACUUUUUAUGAUCAUCACAAUGUCUCGUUAACUUUUGUAAUUCUAUGGCGCUAUAAAUCCUGCUUUGAUUUAGGCCACUGUUUCUUUCUGUUCUAUUUUUAGAUCUGUGUUCUCACUGCUCACGAGGACCGUCAGAUCAGGUCUCUUUGUGGUCUUUUUUGGAUUGUCCCCAGGCUUUAAAAGUAAAAAAAAAAAAUACAGCCAGAAACAGUGCCGA